ACUGGGGGGUUACCUCAGCGCUGACGCGGCCGGAGGAGCGAGGCCGGGCCGGGACGAUGAAGCUCCUGGCGCUCGCCCUCUUCGCCCUGUGCUCCGUGGCCCGCUGUGAGGACGGCGCCCGGCUCUUGGCCUCCAAGGCCCUCCUGAACCGCUACGCGGUGGAGGGCAAGGACCUGACCCUGCAGUACAACAUCUACAACGUGGGCUCCAGUGCAGCGUUAGAUGUGGAGCUCUCGGAUGAUUCCUUCCCCCCGGAAGAUUUUGGCAUCGUCUCUGGAAUGCUCAACGUCAAGUGGGACAGGAUCGCUCCAGCCAGCAAUGUGUCCCACACUGUGGUGCUGCGGCCUCUCAAAGCCGGCUACUUCAACUUCACCUCGGCCACCAUCACCUACCUGGCACAGGAGGGGGGCCAGGUUGUGGUUGGUUUCACCAGUGCUCCGGGGCAGGGAGGGAUCCUGGCGCAACGGGAGUUCGACAGGAGGUUCUCCCCACACUUUCUGGAUUGGGCAGCUUUUGGUGUGAUGACCCUGCCCUCCAUUGGCAUCCCACUGCUGCUGUGGUAUUCCAGCAAGAGGAAGUACGACACCCCCAAAACCAAGAAGAACUGAGCCAAGCCGAUGCCACCAGCGCCCAUUGGGAUCCGGGCUGGAGCAGCUCCACCUUCCACAGGGUGAGGUGGUGUCUUCCCCAUCCCAAA